AUGCGGCAGUACUUGUUACCGAUGUUUGACGUGCACCGGAUACGUCUGGAGGAUCUUGAACGCCAUGAACGCCUCGGUACCCCCGUCUCUCGAAAGGAAGCUAAAGAAGAAGCGCCCCGACCUAGUCCCCGAGCAGCGUCGCCGGCGAGCUCGGGGAAGACUGCGGUGUUGGCUGAAAUGCAGUUGAGCGACACACUGCUUAGUGAAUUGCACGCAGUCAAGGAGCGAAAUGCGACUCUUCAGCAGCUCCUUAAUGUCUCGGAGACGACGUGCAAAGAAUUGCGAGAAAAACUUGAAGCAUCGACGUCCUCUUUGACAAAACUCAAGGUCGAGUUGGAGCAAACAAAGCAAAAGGAAUCCUUUUCUCGCCUUCACAUCACUCAAACGGAGAGCGACUGUGCUUCCCUCAGGUGGCAGUUGCAGCAGCUAGAAGCCUUAAUCGGGCAGCAUCAGGCAGAGCAAAGCCGCCUGUCUCAAUGCGUUACGGAGCUGCGACAAGCAAACGAGGAGCUGAGCAGAAAACUCAGUGUCACGAGGAAUACCGCGUCGCUCAUGCAGCAUGAGCACGAGGUCCUCACAGAGCAGGUUAGAGGCCUGUCGGCUGCUGCAAAAGAUCUUCCAACAGUGAAGAGCCUACAGGACACUCUCCUCUUUGAGCAGUCAGUGUCUAAGGCCCACAUCGACGACAUACAAAAGUUCUCAGAGAACCUCCAGAACGAGUGCGCAAAGCUCGCCAAUGAGCGAACCCGCCUUCUCGACAUAAAAAAGGACUUGACGCUCCAACGCGACAGGCUGGUUGCAGAGACCACCAGACUCAGGCGGGAGCUAGAAGAGACGCGGCAGCAAGUCACGAAGGAUAACGCGCAGCAAUUCGAAGAGCGGGAAAACAUGAGGAAGGAGCGGGAACAAAUGGAAAAACAGCUGAAGGAUCUCAGAGAAGAUCGCGACAAGCUGAAGCAAAGGAUCGCACGAUUCAGAGCGCGACGAAAGCUUUUCGAAGCGCAGCAGCGGACGUGCAAGAACUGCGGCAAGGACUACGAGGAAACAGAGAACUACAACUGGAGUUGCCGCACCCAUCACUCAGAAUAUGGAGGCGAAAUGUGGUGGUGCUGCGGAAAACUCGGUAAAAACGCGCUUGGAUGCCGGUUCAGCAAACACGAAUCGAAAGAUGACGACGAGGAACUCGACGCCGAGGAGAAGCUGGAGCGCGAGGCGGCGAGUCAGUGCCCGAGAGAUCCCAACCCUCGGGCUGGUGGCGUCGACGUGAACGGCAAGGAAGAACUCCGGCGGCUAGAGAUUCUUGGAAACCAGGAGAGGUCGCAACAGAAGCGCCAGUCUGGUUUGGGAAUGGCGCUCGAGCUCGCCGACAAAUUCGGCUAUGAGGGACUGCGGGAGCCUGUGGAUGAAGGGGACAUCUUUCUGGUAAGGGCGCUGACCUGCUACCGGUGA